CAUAUACAUAUAUUCGAGCCUUACCCCUCUCUCUAUAUAAUAGAAUAUAUACAUACAAGAAAAAGAAACAUUUUCUUGUGCUCCUUCAACUCCACAAGUUUUGUUCUAAUCAUUACAAUAUAGUUGAUUGGGUAUGGCUAGCUUAAGCUUCAUUAUUGGGAUCAUUGGAAAUGUGAUUUCUAUACUUAUGUUUACCUCUCCGAUAAAAACAUUCAAGCAGGUAGUGAAAAAGAAAUCAACAGAGGAUUACAAGGGACUUCCUUACAUAACCACCUUGCUGAGUACAAGUUUGUGGACAUUUUACGGACUCCUUAAGCCCGGAGGUUUGCUCGUUAUGACGGUGAACGGAGCAGGAGCUGCUUUGCACGUCGUCUACGUCAUCAUCUUCCUCAUAUACGCCCCCCACAACAUCAAGAUAAAAUCGGUGAAGUUGGUAGCAGCAGUGAAUGUUGCAUUUCUUGGAAUUGUGAUAAUUAUAACCCUAUUAGCUUUGAAAGGAGAAACUCGGAUCACAUUGGUUGGACUAUUAUGUGCUGGACUCACUAUUGGGAUGUAUGUUGCACCUCUCUCCGCCAUGAGGACAGUGAUUAAGACGAAGAGUGUGAAGUAUAUGCCUUUCUUCCUUUCGUUCUUCCAAUUUCUCAACGGAGGCGUGUGGUCCACAUACGCCCUACUCGUUAAAGAUUACUACAUUGGAGUGCCAAACGGAAUUGGAUUCGUAUUGGGCUCGCUCCAAUUAAUUCUAUACGUGAUGUACAAGAAUAAAUCGAGACCCGUAGAAUCGGAAGAUGAGAGGAAAGAAAAGGAAGGAUCGGCCCAUCUCGUAAAAGAUGGGCUUCAAUUGCAAGAUUUGGACGAGAAGACGAAAAAUCCCAUCACCCAAAAUGUUAUGAAAACACCUUCUUUGGGCCCAUUGGAAUUGGAGAAAUUCACUCAGAGGGAUAUUGAAACAGCUACACGAUCAAAUAUUGGGCUUUAAAUCCACUCAUAUUCAAAGCCCAACUCUUUUGUAUAGAUAAGCAUAUUACUAUAAUAAUGGUAUGGUUUUUAGUAAUAAUGCUUGCUUUAUUUAUUUGGGAUGCAGGCAUCUUUUGUUAUGGAAAAUCCUUACAUACAUGACGAUGAUGCACAAUGUAUUAUUUAUCCAUCUCAAUUAGAAUUCAUCAAUUCCCAAUUAUUAAUUAUUUAUUCUCUAA